UUAAUGACAAAAGGACCGCACACAGACGGACAGAAUUCCUAUUGGUCCACCGACCCGCCAAUCAGCAGGACUGUCACUUCUCCUGUCGCUGACAGGGCCACGCCCACUCCGCGUGGCUGUGCAGAUGCAGAUGCGGGGCUCAUUUUUGUGGACCAAUAAGAGUGAACAUCGCCGCUGUGUCCAUAAGAGGGAGUCGAGUUUCUUAUACGGCAGUUUGGUCCACUUUCACAACACAACUCCGGAGCACACUGACUGGAGAGGGGGGGGGGGAUAUUCCUUGAAAACGAUCAUUUUUCCCCUCGCAGUCCAAGUGGAAAGUCGUAUAGGCUUGUCUGUUUUUUGCGGGAUAGUUCCAGUUGAGGAUCAGGCGGGUUCAUGGUCACCGCGGGAGCCUCCUAAUCGUUUCACUCCUGGACUAACCAAAGGCGACCUUUCUUUUCUUUUUUUUUUUUUUUCAACCGCUAACUUUUUGCAAAGGAGAAAAACGUUCUCGUUCUUCCUCAGGCAGAAUGUUGUGGAAAUUAGCUGACAACGUGAAAUACGAGGACGACUGUGAGGAGAGGCACGAUGGCAGCAGUAACGGGAACCCCCGGCUGCCUCACCUGCCGGUCAGCCAGCACCUCUACAGCCCGUCGCCCACCCUCUCGCACCCGCCCAGCUCGGACUUCCAGCCCCCGUACUUCCCUCCCCCCUACCAGCCCAUCUCCUACCAGCAGUCCGGGGACCCUUACUCGCACCUCGGGGACCCCUUCAACAUCAACCCCUUACACCAGUCCCCGUCGUCCAACCAGCAGCAGCCCUGGCCGGGCCGGCAGGUCCAGGAGGGGCUCGGCCCGCACGGGAGGGCCGGACUGGCCAGUCAGAUUCUGGGCCUGGAGGGAGGCUCGUCCGGGGUGAGGAGGGAAGGCUUUCGGCGGCCGGAGCUGCUCCCGUCACACGGCCACAGCCUGGACACCUCGGGUAUUGGAGACAACAUGGGCAUGCCCGACAUGGUGCACGGACUGGACGACGUUCAACACGUAGAAGACCACAGUAUUAUUAUGGCAGAUCAGACAGUCAUCAAAAAAGGCCCUGUCACACUACCCAAGGGCAAUGCACUGGGCCUUCCCUUUCAGAAAGAGUCCCUGCUGGGCAUGGUAUCAAACCCCACAGAGGUGUUCUGCUCCGUGCCAGGCCGUCUCUCCCUGCUGAGCUCUACAUCCAAGUACAAGGUUACCGUGGCAGAAGUCCAGAGACGUUUGUCACCCCCGGAAUGCCUCAACGCAUCACUCCUAGGAGGCGUUUUACGCAGAGCCAAGUCAAAGAAUGGGGGUCGUUCUCUGAGAGAAAAACUGGACAAAAUUGGCCUUAACCUCCCUGCAGGAAGAAGGAAGGCAGCCAAUGUCACUCUGCUUACUUCACUAGUUGAAGGUGAAGCUGUUCAUUUAGCGAGAGACUUCGGUUACGUCUGUGAGACUGAGUUCCCUUCAAAGGCAAUCGCUGAAUACCUGGGCAGGCCACAUGUUGAGCGAAACGAGAUGAAUUCUCGCAAGAACAUGCUCCUCGCUGCCAAGCAAAUUUGCAAGGAGUUCACAGACCUGCUCACUCAGGACCGAUCACCUUUGGGGAACUCAAGGCCCGCACCAAUUUUGGAGCCUGGAAUCCAGGGCUGCUUGACUCACUUCAGCCUCAUCACCCACGGCUUUGGCUCUCCAGCCAUCUGCGCCGCAAUGACCUCGCUCCAGAAUUACCUGAACGAAGCGCUCAAACAAGUGGACAAGAUGUACCUGAGCUCUGGCAGUGACACCCAGGGAUCCUCAGAUAGCGGGAGCAAGUCUGCCGACAAAAUGGAAAAGCACAGGAAAUGAAUGCUCAAAAGGAUAAUCCCUAUGAACCUCAGAAUCCAAUAAUCUUGCUGCCCUGUCUGCCCCUUUUUUGGACAUUUUUUUCAAAUUAAAAGUUAAUAUUUAGUAUUGUAAUUUUAAGAGAUGAAUUUGUGCGUGGAUGCGUAUGUGUGUGUGUGUGUGUGUGUGUGGUCGCA